GCCAUACCGGUUUCUUUAUCUUUACUUCGCGCCGCCUUUCCCUUUGGCUUUCUUUUGCGCGAGCUCUCGCGCGUCCUUAACCAUGAGUUGCAGAAAAAUCGUGGGCGUCCUGCUGGUGGGCCAGCUACUGUUGGCCGGUCGGGCGGAGAUCCUCGAGACGGUGGCCCAGUGGCCGCUGCUCGAUUUCGCGUUUCCCUACGACACCGGCUUCGUCGAGCAGUUCCAGCCGGAGAACACUGUGCCGACCGGUCUGGAGAUCGGUUGGAACCGGAUCUUCAUCGCCGUGCCGAGACUAAGGGCCGGAGUGCCAUCCACCCUGAACUUUGUGCCCAGGCAGAUACCACCCGGUAGCAGUCCGCGUUUACAGGCGUACCCCUCCUGGGAGUGGCACAGCGCCGGCAAGGGCGACUUUAACUGCUCGAAGCUGAUCUCCGUGUACCGGGUCCGGGCAGACAAGUGCAACCGGCUAUGGGUCCUGGACAGCGGCAUCAACACCUCCAUCGACGACUUCACCGUCGCCUGUCCGCCCAAGAUUCUCAUCUUUGACCUGCAGACCGACCGGCUCGUCCGCAUCGUUUCCUUCCCACGAGAGGCCGUGAGAACCAAUUCGUUGUUUACGAAUCUCGUGCUCGACGACACCACGGCCACGACGUGCGACGACGUGUACGUUUACGUGACCGACACCACAGGGCCUGGUCUCGUCGUCGUCGAGGGAGCGACCGGUCGUAGCUGGCGGUUCCUGCACGCCUCGAUGCUGCCCCACCCCGAUCAGGCCACCUACAGGAUCGGUCGGGACACGUUCGAGCUGUUCGACGGUAUAGUGGGCCUGGCGUUCUCGCCCCGGCUGGCCACCGUCUACUACCAGCCCCUGGCGACGGAUCGGCUGUUCAGCGUGGCCACUUCGGCGCUGAGAGCCGGGCCGCCGGGUUUCGAGGACCAACUGCCGGUCACGCUCAUCGGGCGCAAGUCCAGCCAGGGCCUCGGGCUGGCGGUCGACCCGCGCGACGACAGCAUCUUGUUCUCGCCCCUCACCGAGACGGCUGUCGCCUCCUGGCAGCCCCAGACCAACUCGCAGAGGAUUUUGGCGUACAGUCCGGAGAAACUGCAGUUCGCCGCGGAAGUUAGGUGGGUGGAGCGCGACAGCGGCAACGUGUGGGCGCUCACCUCGAGGUUCCACAAGUUCUUCAAGAAACAGGUCAACCCGCGCGACACCAACAUCCGCGUCAUGAGGAUCCGGCCCGAGGACAUUGUCAAUCAGCCGCCCUACCUCCUUCGGCACUUUGCCGUUCCUCAGUCCAACUACUACAAUCUCACCUACGGCGUCUUUUAACCAGUCCAACGGAGAGAAAUGUAUAACCCUUUUUUUUUCUUCUUCUUUUUUUU